AUGCGUCUGCUCUUAAUAUUCCUCCUCUUCUUUUCGCAAGAAUGUUUAGCUAUCAAGGUGAAAGUGGCUCAUAUUGGAGCAGUCGGAGCAAUGAAAAACUCGGAAAAGAUUUUGCAACUCUCGAAAGAACAACUGAUUCAGGAAGGUGUUCUUGGUGAUGAUUUUCAGAUUGAAAUUCUAAACCAAAUGGGAUGUGGUGAAUCUUAUGAAGGUGUAGCUGUUGGAGCAGAUAUGUAUCAUGCUCAAGGAGUUCGUGCAUUUAUUGGACCUUACUGUAACGCAGAACUUGAUGCUGUUGCCAAAAUGGCGACAUUCUGGAAUGUUCCGAUUGUUGGCUACAUGGCUUCUUCGAACAGUUUCGCAGAUAAAUCCAUUUUCAAAACCCUAGCUCGAGUAUCGUUAAGAACUACAAACUCUCUGGCAGAAGCAGCAGCGGCAUUGAUAAAACAUUAUGGAUGGAAUAAAGUGGCGAUUGCAACAAAUACAGGAGCAGUGGCAUUUGAAAGAAUUCAAGCGUUUGAAGAAGUUUUCCAUCAGAGAGGAGUUAACGUUGUGAGGAAGAUCAUGCUUGAUGAGUAUACUAACGCUAAGGCUAUCAUGAACAGCGGAUUGCUCCAGGAACUGGAGAAUAGUGCACGAGUCGUUGUCUGUGCCUUCUCUUCUACUCGAGAUAUGACAAAAGAAUUCAUGCAAGCUGUCACUCUGUCCGGAAUGAAUAACGCCAAUUAUGCAUGGAUUCUACCGUGGCUUCAAAUUGAAACAAAGGAUGCCGCACCAUGGCUCGGAGACGAUGGAGAAUAUCAACAGAAUGUUAAGGACCACUUUGCAAAUGCAUUCAUUGUGAGUACAAUUAUUGAUGACGUCAACGGCUUCGAUAAUACAUUAGUCACGCCUUUCAAGGAAAAGUUAGAGGCAAACGGAUAUUCGACUGACGAUUUGGAAAUGAAAAAUAUAUACGGAUACAUUCAUCUCUACGAUGCACUGAGGUUGUACGCACUUGCAGUACGUGCUACAAUGAACGAAACUGGAAAUGAGAAUGCGUAUUUGAAUGGAAGAGAAGUUUGGAAUCACAUGAGGAGAAUCACUUUCCCAGGACUUGUUUCUAAUGCUGGAGUCACUUCUGGAACUUUGGAGCCAGUUCUUUUGAACAAUUGUGACGGAACAAAAACUGGAAACGGAUGUUAUGAAUUGCAAAUCACGGACCUUUCCACAGGAUUUUGGCCUUCGAUCGAUGGAACUCUUCCUCCAGAUGAACCAGUUUGUGGUUUUCGAAAUGAAAAAUGCGAUUAUACUAUGAUGAUCAUUGGAGGCUGUGUUAUCAUUUUCAUUAUCCUCUUGAUUAUUUCCGGAUUUUUCAUUUCUCGAGUCUGUGAGAAUCGUGCACUUGCCAACACUCCUUGGCGAAUCUGGCGAGAUGACUUCCGUGUGAUUCAGGAGGAUGAAAUGAAGUCGAUGCUCUCGAUUGGUUCUUCUAAAACAAAAAUGUCUAACAUGAGUAUGUUUGUGAAGCAUCAUGCAGUAGUUGGAACAAACACUCACGCCUCCUUCCAUCUCUAUCCACAGAGGAGACCAAUUGUUUUCAACCGACAGGAUCUUCAACUAUUGAAUCAGAUGAAACAGGCGGUGCACGAUAAUUUAAAUCCAUUCCUUGGGAUGUCUUUUAAUGAAAAAGAAGAAAUGGUUGUUCUCUGGAAAUUCUGUUCAAGAGGAACUAUUCAGGAUAUGAUUUACAACCAGGAGGUGGUUCUCGAUGCGAAGUUCCAUGGAGCAUUCAUUCGGGAUAUCACUCUGGGACUGGAAUAUUUACAUUCUUCAAUCAUUGGUUAUCAUGGAUCAUUAACUCCGUGGUCUUGCCUGAUUGACAGAAAUUGGAUGAUUAAACUGACCGACUUUGGAAUCGCUAAUCCUUUGGAACGGUGGGAGAAAAUGGGAUUGAUAUCGACUGAAACUUUGAAAGAAGGAGACGAUAAAAGUGGAUCAGCGCAGAAGACAAGUAUCCUAUACCAACCACCGGAAAUGCUGAAGAACAGAGAAUCUAACAGACUAAGAAGAAUGGAUCAAUCGUGGGUGAAACAGUCUCAAGCUCGACGUCAAAUGGGAGAUAUUUAUGCUUUUGGAAUGGUGAUGCAUGAGAUUCUCUUCCGUGCUCUUCCUUUCCCAAAUGGAACGAAUAUAUCGGAAGUGCUGGAUUACAUUCGAGAUGGAACAAGGAACUUCCGUCCAACUAUUCAUGAUCGUACCCAGAUUCAUCCAGAUCUUGUCGCUCUUCUUCUUGAUUGCUGGAAUGAGAAUCCAGAAGUUCGACCAUCAAUUCGACGUGUCAGAUUGAAUACAGAAAACUAUCUGAAAGUCAAAGGAUCUCUGGUAGAUCAAAUGAUGAGAAUGAUGGAACAAUAUGCGAACAAUCUUGAGAAACUGGUUGCGGAGAGAACUGGAAUGUUAGAGGAAGCCAACGUUCGAGCAGAUAAACUUUUGAGUCAGCUUCUUCCAAAAUAUGUGGCAAAUGAGUUGAAAAUGGGUCGAUCUGUUCCACCAAAGACAUUCAAUAUGGCCUCUGUUAUGUUCAGUGACAUUGUCGGAUUCACCACAAUUUGCUCUUCGUCUUCUCCACUUGAAGUUGUCAGUAUGUUGAAUAGUAUCUACAGCAAAUUCGACGACGCCAUCAACAAACACUCAGCUUACAAGGUCGAAACCAUUGGCGACGCCUACAUGAUAGUGUCCGGAAUUCCAGAAGAAAAUGGAAAUGAGCAUAUCAGGAACAUUUGUAACACUGCUCUUGAACUAAUGCUUCUUCUCAAAACUUAUGAAAUUCCUCAUCGUCGAAAUGUCAAACUCCGAAUCCGUCUUGGUAUCCACACGGGAACCGUAGCCGCAGGUGUCGUCGGUCUCACUGCUCCUCGUUAUUGUCUUUUCGGAGACACUGUCAACGUGGCAUCCCGAAUGGAGUCUACCAGUGAGCCGGAGAAAAUUCAAAUGAGUCAAGAGGCGCGUGACUUCUGCCUCCGCUACUAUCAAGAGUUCCAAAUCGUGCUUCGUGGCGUCGUUGAGGCAAAAGGCAAGGGACCGGUGACGACGUACUGGCUGUUGGGAAAACAAUCCGAGAGCCAGAUGCAACAAAAAAAUUUCUCACAGCUCGGUAUCUAG